AUGGAUAAAGAUUUAGAAGUUCCUCUCUCCCCUCCACUCUUUCAAUUUGAAAAUACAAACGUCCCUCUUCCACAUGCUUUCUUAAUUUCACAUCGUCCCGAAUUCAUCGACUUUUAUUUAGACGAAAACCCUGAUAAAGUGAAUUAUCAAGAUAUCCAUGGGAACACUGCUUUAAUGGUAGCAACACGAAUGGGACUUGACUCUUUGAUUGAAUUAUUGCUCUCAAGAGGAGCUCAACCGAACAUCCAAAAUGAAGAUGGGAUGGUCGCCCUUUUUGUUGCACUUCUCUAUAACAAAAUGACCAGCGCCACUGUGUUAAUUAAAGAAAUGAAAUUGUCCUGGACUUCCCGAUUUUUUGGGACUCGAGAUACCUACGGGUAUACUAUUUUACACUAUUUGGCUCUGACGAAUGGUCUCGAGGAGUGGGCUAUCAAAUAUAAACUCCAACGCUUUGUAGAGGACAACAGUAACAUCAUGAAUGAGACGCCGCUCAUAGUAGCUGCGAAGAAUAAGAAUUCGAAUGCCGUCAAAGGAUUACUUCGCCUUGGUGCUGAUCCCAAUAAAGGAAACAGUGACGGUGUUCUACCAUUGAUGUUCGCAUUACAACGCGCUGAUGUUGAGAGUUGUAAGACUCUUUUUGUAUCUCUGAAGAACAAUGCAUACACCGACAAGAAUGGCAAACAACUCUUUCACUACGCUAUCAAAAGUGGCAACAUCAAAAUAGUCGCCGAGCUCUUAAAGUGGUAUGGAUAUGACGAGAGGAGUGUGAUCUGCUUACAAAACAUUUUAUAUGAGAUAUCGGAGUCGGGGCGGUUCGAUGGGUUCUCCGGUGUCGUCCAGAGGGAGUUGAAAGUCAUGCAAAUCGAAUUUUCAAAGCAAAAUUUCUGUGACAAGUUGAAUCACCAUUUGGUCCACUACGCUAUCAAAUACAAAAUACCGGAAAUGGUGCCUUUGAUCUGUGUUUGGGACAAAAUAGCGUUAUCCCGACCUAUAGGCAACCGGUGGAGUCCUUUUCUCUAUUCGUGUGUAUUAGGGGAGGAAAGGGCCUUUGAUUAUAUAGAGCAAUUAAGUACCCGAGAUCCAUUAAAUGAUGUUGGUGCUGAUGGUGAAAAUUGUUUACAAUUAGCGACGUAUUAUAAGAACCUUGGGAUCGUCAAAAAAGUGUUAACAAAGCGCUUUGAAUUGAUCUCCAAAAAAGACGGGAAGAAUAACACGGUGUUUCAUUAUGCGGCUGCGGGGGGUGGGAGUGAGAUCUUUGACUUCUUAUAUAAAACAGCGGAGAGUCGAGUCUUCAAUUUGGGGAAUACGUUAGUUUCUGCUGUUAAUACGAAUGGGGAGAAUGUGUUACACACGGCGGUGAGUAGUGGGAAUGGCGCACUAGCUUUUCGUCUUAUUAUGAACUAUAAAAUAGAUCCUAAAAGUGUGGACUUCCAAGGGAAUGGGGUACUCCACCAUGCAGUAUUAGGAAAUCCUCAAGAGAGUUAUGUGAUGACCUUAUUACUCCGAUACUUUGAUGCACUCCCAAAGAACAAGAAAGGGUAUAGUCCUCUCCAACUCUGUUGUUUGUCGGGAAAUUACACAAAUUUGUCGGACUUUUUGAAAUUGGGAAAGACCAUCUUUGAGGAAAAAGAUGAGAAAGGCCGGACGGUGUUACAUUUGGCGUGUUUACUGGAUGACCCCUUUGUCGUUGAUGAACUAAUGAAGAACAACGUCAACACACAACAAGUAGACAAAUUGGGGAAAAAGCCGGAGAACUACGCACGAAGUGUAUUUAUCUAUCGGCGUAUCAGAAAGGAAAAAGUCCUUCCAAUCGGUAAAGUGACAGUCUGCAAAUCAUUUGGGGUUCAUUUCCAAAAGGGAAAUGUCGUCGACGUUGUUUUUGAAAACGAGAAACACACGCUAACACUCUGGGAAAACCAGCUCAAACCUAUUCAAAUGCAAUUUUGCAAAAAGUCUCAACUUUCUGUGAGCGAGCGCAACACUCUUGUCGAGGCAGAAAAGCUUUGUAAAAACAGCAAACACCACCUCUUUGUUUAA